AGAAUCUCAGGGGACGGCCUUGGCAAAGAGUCUUUUACGACCAUUUUCCUUGCAGAGAAUUAGUUUGGCAUCGAGACCACGUGAAACGGUUGUAGAUUGGAGCGUUGCAAGUCUUUCCAGAUUCUUCAUCGCAAUUUUUUUGUAGUGAAAGUAUUGGAGAAUAAUGGCAGGUGAAGCCGAACCAGGCAAGGCUAAGGCAGCCGGAAUUGUAGGCAUACUUAUAGGAGCGGUGGGUCUUUGCAAUCUCGUAUGUGGUUUCAUUUAUGCUGCGCUUGGCGGAAAGGAUGGUUCUGGUCUGUGGGUAGGAUUCCCGGUAAGUUCAACACUUAUCACCUGACUACGCCAAUUGUACUUAGGAAAUACAUGCAAAGAUCAGAUCGUAACCAUAUUGUGUUCUGAAUAAGAUAGAUAUAGACUAGGUUUGUUUUGCAUAAGGGCCUUGACAACAGACUGUUUCAUAUUCAGAGAACAUAAAAGCCAUUUUUCUUCGAAUACUGGGCCACUUUCUUGAAUACAGGCUUAUUAUCGAACGUCUGUUUAAGUAGAUAAUUCGACCACAAACAAGACACACUUUCAAUCAAAGAAUAUUCAGAUUCGAUCGCUUAAGUCAUAAAGAUACCGCGAGUCAACUGUAAUCCUUUUCUUUUUUUCUUCGUGGAAGUGUUUUUUAUAAGUAUUUCCCUGAUACUAAUUCAAAAAAUCAAAAUUCUUUUGGUACAACCAAACAUGAGUAAUUUCACUGCUAGAUUUGUAGACUGUUCGGAAAUUGCCCCCGCGAUUGGGUUUUUUUACACCACAAGUAAGCAGUUCAAAAAUAUUGCAUAGCAACGCCCUUACUAGGAAUUGUAAACUUACAGCACAGUUCAAAAUGAGGCUCUCAGUCGACUAGCGCUGAGUUGGCCAGCUUAGAAUUAUUUUUUCCUCUCAUCCUAUUCCUUCCACAAAGCAAUCGCGAAUGUCGGUCGUUUAUCCUAAAUCAAAUAUUCAUUGUUCUUUCCAAACAUGAAAAUAUAUCUAAAAUGGAAUAUUUCAAAACAAUUUGCUUCACUAAUGUAUAUGCAAAAUGACUCAUAUCUAUGCAAAAUCAUCCUUUUAGGUUAUGCUAAUUAAAUCACAUCACUGCGUGUUGAUUGCUUUCUAAAAAAAAAUUUACAAUGGCCUUUUUAACACUGUUUAGUUCAAUAAGUUGACACUGUUUACUAUGUGAUGGUUAGUGAAGGCUGAUAAUUCUUCCCUCUGAUCUCGAUAAUGGCUACUACGAAAUAUUUUCUUGUCAAAUGUAAGGCUGUUGUGUAAUCAUGUGUCGGACACUUAUUGAAAUCUCCGCAAAUUAAACGAAUCUGGUCUAGAAGAGAAGGAUUCCCGUUGAAUUGGUGAUCGCUUAGGACAUAAUGUAUAUACCAGAGCGGUUUAUUCAAGUUAGAACUUAUGUACCUCAAUUACGAGUUUAGUUAGCUCUUGAUGUUAAUAUUUAAUGCCUUUUACGUUGAAAAUAAACUGAAUAGUGUUCGUUUCAGAGACACUUUUUCUAUGAAAGCUGAAAGUGGAUCACUUUUUGUUGAAUGAGUUUUUAUUUUGUUGAUUGGUCUCAAUUUUCGAGUCGGAAUGGUUAAAAUAACUGCUUCUCUGUUCCAAAGACCAAAAAACAUGGGUACAUGUAUAUGAAGAAUGAAACGUAACUAGACAAGGAUAAAGAAAAAGCGGAAUGUUUUUCCUAGAUUAUGAUUACUUAACGGCUUUUUUUGAGAAGGUUUUUCCUUUUUCUCCGUAAAAACCGAAUUACAGUUAAAACUUGUCCAGUUUUUUUCUUCAUCUUUCUAACACUUUUUAUUUAUUCAAUUUGUUUACAGCACAUAAUCAUUUUCAUCCUGGGACUGGUGAUAUGGCUCAAACUGAGCAAAGGAGCGGUGAGAGAACAUUUCACAAAUAUUGUAUUGAUUUUUCCACCAUAACAUUGAGCACCCCUAUAAGCACUAAUAUUCUUUUUUUUUAUUAAUCCACUGAUUUAGUUGUGGAUUAUAAGACUACAUUGUCGAGAUCUUUUUCUUCGGUUUUCAACGGUGAAAACGAAGUUUGUAAUUAUGAGCAGCGAAGAGUGUUUUCAUUUCUGCUAAGGCAAUCUUUUCUGGGAAAGGUCAGGAGAGAGUGUUGUAAAUGCAACCUCUACCCCUUUAUUCCCUAUUCCCCCACCCCCUCCCGCUUCACUCACUAUUUCCCCCACCCCUCCCCGCUUCACUCCCUAUUUCCCCCACCCCUCCCCGCUUCACUCCCUAUUUCCCUCACGUUGCUGGGUGUGCCAAUGUCUUUACUUUCCCAGGGAAAAAUAUGCUCUAAGUCCUUUCAGGAAAGUCACUGAUGAAUUUGCUCUUUAAUUUCAGUUCAUCGGUUACCUGGUACUGAGCAUUCUAAUGCAAAUUGUGACCAUUGUUUUCGUGAUUAUCUGUCUGAUUGCCUGGCUUAUCUGGCACAUAAUCCGAAAGGUGGUGGAGUCAGAAUGCGCACAAGAAGGAGACCAGUGCGUUUGCCAUGCUGAGAAGAAGGUUCCAAUCCCAGGUCGGUAAAACGAAAACUCUAAAAUGCUCUUGGUAUUGAGCGACAACUCUUACAGCUAUCAUUAGCUGCCAAGGCACCCCACUUCAAGCACAUGACUCUUUUAGCAAGUUUUCAAGAAAAUGUUUGAAGAACACAGAAUUUUAUUAAUGCUUGGAUGUAACGGCAAUUUCUGAAAGCUGAAAAAACCUGGGAAUUGAUGAGACAAAGGGAGGACUAGAGAAUCGACCCGUGGAUCAUAGGCGUGAUGGAGCUACAUUAACAGAGGCGACUCAGCACAUAUGAAAAAAAAUUGCUUCCAUCUGUGAUUAGCAGUUGCUCGCAAGUCUUAGUAUCAAAGUUCGCUUGUACUUUUCCAAUCUCGAAAAGUGUUCUGGCCUUGUUUUCUCAAUUUCGUCAAGACAUUUUUGGGUCUGAAAUUAAUGAAACAGCAUUUACGUAAACAACACAUGCUCACUAAGGCAUGCGUGGUGGCCAUUAUAAACUUUUGUGCUCUAACUGUCUACUUUCUUCGUCAACAGUUGACAAAUGCAGUCACAUCAAUACAAUUGAAAGCUGUUUUGCCUGCAUGACGUUCGUUAACAUCAUCGGAGCCAUUUUGCUUCUUGCUGCCUCUAUCAUUGGCUGUAUGGGAACCUGCUGCGCCAAAUCUGUAAGUCACGCAGCUUAGUUAUUAAAUAUUAAAACUUCAAUAGACCUGAGUUUAAUUUCGUCUUACUUUUGCGGUUUCAUUUAAUAGGAUACCAAAAUCUCAUGUAAUGUGGUGUUAUGUUAGUAAAUGUAAUGUUAGCUCGGAAGUCUAGUCAUGGAAGUCUAGUAUCUCUCGGUUUCAAUCUUUGUCAAGAUGAUUCAGAGAAACCUAAAAUAUCAUCAAAGUGAUAGAAAAACUACGAAAUCACUCUAGUUACGGGACGUUGAUAAGUUACCCUUGUAACUUUUUGUUGACUUUCAAACUUUUUUCUGACCAAAGCACUUAACCAUGCUAGUACACGGCAUAAUACAUAAGAAAACCAUAAUCUGUUUGGUGGCACUUACCUGUAUGGGUAACACCAGGUAGUAACUUCCCGAGAGUUUGAUUUUUCCCGGUGGAAAAAUCCGUGGGCUAGUCCUGAAGUGGUCUUGUCUACCUGUUCGAAUCUCGUUUCACCUGGCCGGAAAACUAGAGCACCCAUUUGUACUUAUCCGAAUUCAUAACAUUUUUAUUUAACCAGGAAACCAACGUAGUUGUGGUGCAACAGCCUGCUGUGGUGAUGACGACUCAACAACAAGGUCAAGCUCCACCAGAAUACCCUGAAAAGCCAGGUUACUAAGUGAUCUUGUCUCCGCUAGCGGAGAAAGAAAAGGAAAGGAGACAGGAGAGGGGAAAUACAAUGCACUUAAAAGUUCAAUGCACAAAUUACAAAAAAUUUCGCUGCUUAAAUUUUAACAUAUAUCAUACUUAUAGUUACCUACAGUUCAGUGUAUUUGAUGUACAGCCAUUCUGAACACAGCGAAAGUCAGUUGGCCAGCGCGCUUUGACAAUGGACGACGGCUGCAGUUUUCGUGUUUGUCUCGGUGCUCAGUUUUACAACUUCUGCCUCAGGGCCCUCUCUCUCUUCCUUCCUCCAGGGAGGUAGAGCGAUGGCCUUGGGAACGAGUUUCUUUGCGAGGCUUGUAUCACCUGCACAUUUUAGGAGUUUGCAUCUGUGUGAAGGCUUAAGAGAUUACAAGCCAACUAGUCAACGUUAUGAGUCUUUUGCUGUCUCUCAGACAAAAAGAAGUUUGGGUCUUUUGAGUUUAAAGGAUCAUGACAUCCCGAACGUUGUAAAAAGGUGUGAAUUAUGUUCAAUAAAGAACUUCUCUUACUUGUCUACAAC